CCUUAUUCGCGUACUCCUUUAGUUGCGUACUGGCCUUGAAAACCCAGUGACUACUCAGAAAGUGCAGGCGACGGCAGUUAUGGACGACCAACAAUAAUAACCAACAAUUCAUCACCACCAACCAACACGGCAUCCGUCGUAGUAUCUACCAAGAACAGUCCUAGAUACUUCUAGUCAACCACGGCAAACCUAGCCAACACCAUGUCUGACGACUCUACUACCGCGCCCGGCGAUACCACAACCCCAGGCGUUACCGCUCAGCCCGACGGAACCACUAUCCCUGGCGAGGCCACCCUCCUCUCCAUCCUAGCUAACGACAACCCCACGCCUGGCAAUACCACACAACCCGACGGGAGCAUUCAACCCAACAGAGCCACCCAGCCCGAUGAGACAGGCCUAACCGACGAGGCCAUUAUUCCCAACGAGACCGCCCUCCCCCAAGAGACCGCCCAACCCGACGAGGCGACCCCCACCGAGGAGACCACCAUGGCCGAGGAGGUUACCAUGCCCGGCAACACCACCGAGCCCCACGAACCCACCGUGGCCGACGAAGCCAUCAUGUCACGAGCAAGCGGCACGCCGGAAGAAUCCACCAUGCGCCACCAGACCGACACCACCGCCCUGGCCGAAGGGACCACCCUCCCCCAAGAGACCACCCCGACCGCCGACGGCACAUUCCCCCACUUCCAGCGCUUCCCCCCCGAGAUCCGCGCCAUGAUCUGGGAAGCCUGCCUGCCGCGGCGACUGAUCCCGCUCAGCACACUGGUCGUGGGGCACGACUACCGCAACACCAACACCAACACCAACACCAACACCAACACCAACACCAACACCAACACCAACACCAACACCAACACCAACACCGCCGGCACCAACACCACCGCAACCGACCGCCACGAGCCGGUCGUGACGAGCCGCGCCGUCGCGGUGCUGCUGAACAAGGUGCUCGCACGAGGUUGCCGGAUCGCGCAGGCGUGCCGGGAGUCGCGCGCGGUAGCGCUGCUGCUGCGCGAGCCGGUCGAGGCCCUGGGCCUGGCGUGGCUGGGCCGCGGCGGGUGGAUCGACCGCCGCACCGACACGCUGCUGCUCGACUGCGACGUGUUCCGCAUGCACCGCGACCUCUGGCUCGAGCUGCGCGCCAAGUUGGUCGCGGGGCCCGGGGUGGGUGCCCGUCGCGUGCGGAUUGCGCUGUGUGGGCACAUGAUCGGCUGGUAUAGGCCUGAGACGGCCUCCGAGGGGCCGGCGGCGGAAGCGGCGGCGCGCUGGCGGAUUUGCCAGAGGUCGUGGCCGGUGCUGAUGGGCCAUUGGUACCUGAACUCGAGGCAGGAUAUGGCGCAGAGGGGGGCAAUGUUUGGGCUUUUCGACGAGGAGCGCCAUGCGCUUCUUGAUGUGCGCGACGACGUGCGGGGGGAACAGCUACGGCGGCUUGAGGAGCUGCGGGUGCCGGGUUCGCCCCACGAAGGCGAUCGGCAGACUGUGGAUGAGACGUUUGCCCGUUGGAAGCAAGAGCUGGAUCGCCACCUGGUUCUGAGCCGGGCGCUGGGUUUUGAGGGGAUUGACGAGGAGUGGCGGCGGGAUGGGACAGGGCCGUACCCGGUGAUUCAGGUGAUGAGGGACGGGAUGCUGUGAGAUGGGUAUGGUGAGGUUGCGGGCAGAGAGUUGCCAUUGCAUGAGUUGGACCGGGGGUUGACACUAUCCGUAAUGAUAAUAUAAUAUACGAGAGCCUCCUCGUUUCCCCUCAGACUCGUUGAUAACAAAGUAAAAGAAUCAAGGAGAAGGAAUACAAGAAAUAUAUAACAAAGAAGAAAAGCUAUCCAGACUUCCUCCAUCCAAAUCCCAUGAUCUCGCUCACACAUCAGGUCUUAUUCGUCCGACGACAACCUUCACACAUCCGCAGCAUCGGCUUCCUCAUCCAAGAACCCCAACCCACUGUCAUACUUUCUCCUCUUCCCGGUCCUCCCAGACAGACUCGCCACAUCAUCCGAGUCACUCAACGACCUCCCAACCUUACUCUCACCCAGCGGCGCUACCACCUCACUUUCAUCCUCCCCACCCCCCCGGUUCCC